GCAAAGAUUCUAACCAUCGUAAUCCAAUACGAUUCGGAGUCCUGCAUAAUAUUUUUCCGAGAAUUUCUCCUCGCAAUCUGCAUUUCGAAACGCAGCUCUUCACAAUCACACAGAAACCCUCCCCAUCGCUCGCUCUCGCCAAAUCAAGGACGCUUCCUCCGGCGCCAUUGCACCUUUCCAUCUUGGAACUACCUGUGAUUCUUGCUCGCUCACUUCACUUCAUUGUUAGGCGGGCGUAUCAGAUGUCAAGUAAAGAGAUAAGGCGUUUGUCUCGCAAUGUGUAUGAUUCUUUGCACUCAAGCACAUUUUUAUUUGACUUGCCCCGAGUUGUUGAGGAACUUGUACAUAAUAGCCUGGAUGCGGGUUCUACCAAGGUAGUUGUCUCUUUAAGUGUUAGAUCAUGUUACGUUAAAGUAGAUGAUGAUGGAUGUGGGAUUUCUCGUGAUGGAUUGGUUAUUUUGGGGGAGAAUAAUGCUUCAUCAAAGGCCCUUCUUGUGGCAGACGCUGGUACAGAGGGCCUUGGCUUUAGAGGAGAGGCCCUAUCUUCCAUUUCCGAUGUUUCUUUAUUAGAAAUUAGGUCUAAAGCUCGGGGAAAGCCAAAUGCAUAUUGUAAGAUCAUAAAGAGUUCGAAGUGCUUAUUUUUUGGAAUCGAUGACCAGAGGGAUGAUGUUGGUACUACUGUAAUAGUUCGAGAUUUAUUUUAUAAUCAACCAAUUCGGAGGAAAUCAAUGCAAUCUAGCCUUAGAAAGGUGCUGCAUUCUGUGAAGAAAUAUGUCUUUAGGAUAGCACUUGUGCAUCCACAUGUGUCAUUCAAGGUUAUUGAAAUUGAGGGUGAACAGAAACUCCUUUGCACAAUUCCUAGCAUGUCUUCUUUGCCUUUGGUGACUGAUGGUUUUGGAAAUGAGGUUUCUAGUUCACUCCGAGAAAUUGUUUUCUCUGACGGAGAACUUUCACUUUCUGGGUACAUAUCAGGGCCAAUAGGUGCAUUCUCGACAAAGGUAUUCCAAUAUAUCUAUAUCAAUGCAAGGUUCAUUUCCAAAGGUCCAAUCCAUAAUUUGAUUAAUAGCCUUGCUGCAAGUUUUCAGUCCGCGACCGCUAAGUUGAGGGUUGCCUCUGAAAAUCACUGCAGGAAGAGACAAAAAACUCAAGAAUAUCCGGCAUAUUUGCUUAAUCUUUGCUGCCCUUUGUCAAGCUAUGUUCUAAGUUUUGAGCCUUCAAAGACGGUAGUUGAAUUCAAGGACUGGGGCAAUGUUUUAUCUUUCUUUAAACAAGCCAUCAUACCAUACUGGGAACAGUUUGCAUCAAAUCUAUUUCAAGGGAGAACUGCUUCUUGUGAAGUUUUUUUUCAAGAAAAUGGAUCACAGAGAGAAGGUUCAGUUUUCCAUAAACAAGUUAGCAACUCAUUGGAUACAUUUUCUGGUGAUGCAAGCAAUUAUCAGAGGCUCAAUCGAUUAUGUGAUGAUAAAGCAGAUUGUGUUUCAUUUUCUAAGACACGUCACAGUGAGGAUGAUCUUGUUGAGGUGUCUAACAACUUUUGCCUAGAUGAAGGUCACACUUUCCAGGGUAAAACUUAUAUGCAAAAGGCGGACGACCUUUAUGAAUCUCUCCUAGCUUGCGAUAGUGAUGGUAAAGUUUUGACUCUCAUGGAAAAUGAGAGAUUUAACUCAGCAUGCUGCUCAGCAAGCUUUGGGUUUGAUGAACAUCAUGAUUUUUUGAAGGAACCAAUUUCUAAGAAAGAAGAAUGCACUACAGAUGAAAAUUUGUAUAACAAUUUCUUACAUAGCAGCGACAAUCUUAUUUUCAAAAGGAAUAUCAGGAAAUCUUUUCUUCAAGAAAGAAGCAACUCACAACCUCCUGUGAUUAGUGUUAUUAGAAAAUGCCAGAAGUGGCCACAACAGGUUACAUCUAGCUUUGAAAUUAGUCCUUUUUUCUGCGACCGUGCAUGCUCUGAGGAGACCAGCCUUAGCCAUCGAAAAGUUGCAGAAUAUGUAGACGACGCGGACUCCAAAUUGGGGUUAUCACAUUUUGGUUUUAUAGAUUCGUGGAUUGCUAGGACACCACUAAGGCAUAAUGAUGUUACGUCUGAUUCUGCUUUGAUAGAGAAUCACUUAAACAUGCAAGCUGCUAAUUAUAAGCAUUUUGUCAUUGAAGAGAUGAACGCUGAAUUUCCUGAUACUGCUUUGAGUGAAUCCCGUGAUGUUCUGCCUGACUUAAACUUUACGGGCAGGAAGGCAGCUGUCCUUAGUAAAGAAACCGGCUGUUUGCUGUUUGAAUCUUCAAGCGUUAGAGAUGCAGACAUUUAUAGCACUAGCCUUCAUAAUUUUGCCAUGCAAAAUUCUCAUGAUGAAACUGUUGAAAGCCCCACCCAGAAGAAGGAAUUUCAAAAUUCUUUAUUUUCUCAGGUUCAUGAGUUAAGAUUAAGUAGAAGUUAUUCUGCUCCACCGUUUUACAAAGGCAAGAAGAAGUUUCCCAUCUUAAAUUGUCUUCCAAAAGAUAAUGCCAGAGAAAAUUCUAAAAUGGAGUUAUCUGGUUGUAUUGAUGCGCCAGGAUUCAAUUGUCAGCUAGAACGUUAUAGUGCCUCACAGCCUUGUAUGAAGCCAAUUACUGAGCAUAGACAAGCGUGCUUACGGGAAAUCAAUUAUGAGAAGUCAAGCCGGAGCAACAUGAUUAAGAUGCAGACUUGUGAAGAAUUUGAUAAUGGUUCUGUCGCUGAUGAAAUAUAUUCUGCAUCAGUUUCCCUGACAAAAUGGCGUACUUGCAGUCUGCAGCCUGCAUUUAAUCAUGAUUGUGUUAUGCCACAUAAGAUUGACGUGCUAGACGUAUCUUCCGGGCUUUUACAUCUUGCUGGUAGUUCGUUGGUGCCUGCUUCCAUAAAUAAGGGUUGCUUUGAUAACGUAAAAGUUUUACUACAACUGGAUCGCAAAUUCAUUCCAGUAGUCGCAAGUGGAAUUCUUCUAAUUAUUGAUCAGCAUGCUGCAGAUGAAAGGAUAAGACUUGAAGAGCUACGUAAAAAGGUUUUACAUGGUGAGUUACAGAACAGUACUUACCUUAAUCCAGAGCACGAACUGGUUCUUCCAGAGUUGGGAUAUCAACUGCUUCAAAAGUAUGCAGAGCAGAUAAAGAAAUGGGGUUGGAUCUGCAACAUUCACAGUCUGUGUUCAGAGUCGUUUACAUGGAGCACAAAUUUUCUAAGGCAACAGAAAUGCAGGGCCACUCUUGUUGCUGUACCACACAUUUUAGGUACUGAUUUAACUGGCAAAGAUCUUUUAGAAUAUGUUGAGCAGUUGGUUGAAACGGAUGGUUCAUCCAUGAUUCCUCCAGCAGUGCUUCGUAUACUAAAUUUUAAAGCCUGCAGAGGUGCCAUAAUGUUUGGAGAUGCAUUGCUGCCUUCAGAAUGUUCCCUCAUUGUAGAAGAGCUAAAAGCAACUUCAUUGUGCUUCCAGUGUGCUCAUGGUCGACCAACCACUGUUCCUCUUCUUAAUAUAUCAGCACUACAUGAACAGUUAUCCAGGCUUGACAUCCCGAUAGCUGAGCAGUGCUCAGAUUCGUGGCAUGGGUUGCGCCGUCACACACUGAGCAUCAAACGUGCAUGCCAAAGAUUAGAGUCGUGUAAAAGGUUUCUCCAUUGAUUAUCAUGUGUGUUAUGGAAGGUAUUCUCUCUUCAAUGUACUAAUUGUAUAUGUGGAUGAUGUACCUUAUGCAACUCAUCUGUAGCUCCCAUUCUUUGAUGACAUGAUCCAUGGAAAAUAAACAUACAGUUUAUAUAGUUCCCUUUUUCUGAGAAUAAAUAUCACUUCUGGACAAUU